CCGUCCUCUCCCUUAUUUACUUGACCUUUUCUUGACCUCUGUCAAAACCCUGUUCUUGAUUUUGUUCUCAUGGAAGGUGGUUUGUGUUUGCUUGGUGGUAGUGGUGGAGGAGGUGGGGGCUCUUCUGGGGUUUCCACAAAUGAGUCAGCAGUGUCAUCUGAGGCAACUUCAUAUGCUGCCGAGAGUGAGUUGGAGUUGGGUUUGGCGCUGAGCCUUGGUGGUGGUGGAGGUGGAGGAGGGAGGGCUAAGGCUAGCACUGCAUGGGGUGAGUGUGGUAGGAUUUUGACUGCUAAGGACUUCCCCUCUGUUGUCUCUAACAGGACUAAUGGUGUUCCUUCGUCUGCUGCCGCCGUCUCUGGAAUCAAGAGGACAGCCGACUCUGUUACCCAUGAGGGUGGAUCUCCCACUGCUGUCAGUCAAGUUGUGGGAUGGCCACCUAUAAGGGCUUAUAGGAUGAACAGUUUAAAGGCUCCAAGAGCGGAAGAGGAGAAGGAAAUGAGUGAAAAAGAUAAAUCCAAUGAAGCUUUGAAAAGGAAAAUUUGUAAUGUUAACAAAACGAAUUGUGGUGUUAAUGAGAAAGGGCAUCUGGGGUUUGUUAAGGUGAACGUGGAUGGAGUUGCAAUCGGAAGGAAGGUGGAUCUGAAUGCUCAUGCUUGCUAUGAAACUUUGGCCCAAGCCCUUGAAGACAUGUUUUUCCGGAACCCUUCAGCCAUCAAUCCAGUUGGACCAGGUGCUGAGAAAGAACAAGCAACAAAGCAUUCAAGGCUCUUGGAUGGAUCAUCAGAAUUUGUUCUGACUUACGAAGAUAAAGAGGGUGACUGGAUGCUUGUCGGAGAUGUUCCUUGGGGGAUGUUCCUGAGCUCGGUUAGAAGACUUCGAAUCAUGAGGACCUCUGAGGCUAAUGGACUUGCUCCAGGACUCCAUGGAAGGAAUGAUAGACAAAGAACCAAGCCUAUAUAGAACAUCAUUCCUGUCCCAACAUUUGAAUUUCAGACAGAUGAAAGAAACCCUGAAUUUCAAAACAGAAGCAAAAGGAAAAUAGAGAAGUUGAUGUUCUGAUAUUGGUUUUUCUCGCCGGUUUUUGGUUUUGUUAGGCCAUAUUCAUUCUAGUGUUUUUCACUUAUAUAGUGCAAUCAUACAAGUAUGCAAACAUGACUGCCUGUUGUUUUGUCAUACUGUAAAUAUGGGAGUUAGUUGAUAUCUAGAGUGUUGAUGAGUGUUGCUGAAAUCAAGCAGCUGUGUUACUUUGUGACAAAAGAAAUGCUUGGUGUGAUUCUGAUGUUUAAACAUUCCCUCAUUCUCUGUUUUCUCUGUUUGGCCUCGUUUUCUACAUAUUAUACUUGAAUUCCAAGCUUUUAAGGAUUGCUUUGUUUGUGGUGUAGCUGUUGUUUGAUCAACUUCCCUUCUUUUUUAUCUUUUUUUUUUAGAUGCUUGAAUCAAGUUCUGGGAGAAAA